AUGGGGCAACGCCAUGCGCUGAAUAUCCUACAUCAUGUUCCUCGCGCGCGACUCCAUAGUGUGUGCUCCGUCGCCCCGCAUGAGAUUCAAUGGGCGAAGGAGUAUCUACAGCCUGAAGCAGUCACAAUAUUUACCGACUACCACCAGAUGAUUCGCACGACGGGUUUACAAGCCGUGGUGAUCGCUUCGCCUACAGCUUUACACAUCGAGCAUACCCUGGCUGCAAUUGAGCAUGGAGUUCACGUGCUGUGCGAGAAGCCUGUGACUACAGACCUCUCAUUAUUGCGAGAACUGAUUGAGGUCGCGGAGAGAAGCCCAAGCACAAAGGUUAUGGUCGGGUUCGUUCGACGAUUCGAUGAGCAGUAUGAAGCAGCCCUUCAAAAGAUCAGGGAAGGUGCCAUUGGUGAUCCAAUUGUGGUGCGCUCACAAGGGGCCGAGAAACUUGACAAGUCAGGGUUUUUCAUUGAGUAUGCCCGGCAAAGCGGCGGGAUAUUUGUCGAUACAGUCGUGCAUGACAUCGAUCUUACUUUAUCAUUCCUCGGCGAGGAUAUCAAGCCAAGGGCUCUGUGGGCAACAGGUCUGAUAGCACACCACCAUGAGCUGAAAGAUUGUCAGGAUGCAGAUAAUGCAGUAGGUGUGGUAGAGUUCUGGGGUGGAAAGAUCGCAUACUACUAUCACUCGCGCACUACCGCCCAUGGUUACGACAACUGUACUGAAAUUAUCGGCACAGAAGGCAAAGUCUCCAUCAAUCUCGUACCGCACAACAACAGAGUGCAGAUAUCGAAUUGCUCGGGCAUUGUGCAGGAUGCGACCCCCGGAUGGAUAGAUAGGUAUCGUGAAGCAUUUGUAACGGAGCUGAGCCGAUUUUCGGAUGCGAUUUUAGACGACAAGGCGCUUCCUAUGCGGUUGAAAGCCGCAUAUUCUGGGCUGCAGAUAGCACUUGCUCUGCAGGAAAGCUUGAGAACAGGGAGGAAGAUCGAAUUCGACGAGAAUGGUAUUCGAAGGGAGAAUGAAGGGAAAGCAACAGGAACUUCAUCGUAG